AUAUAUAUAUAUAUAUGUCCAGCUUUACCCUUCCAUGCAUGUUAGUGAUUUCAUUGACUUGACACUCGAUUGUGCAGCAAUUUUGCGGGGGAAGCUCAAAAUAUGAAGUUGUUGCACUGAGAGGUGAGAGAAUUCUCAGAGUUGCUGUUCAAAUUUGAGAUCUUCAUUUUGGGCUAGGGCUGUGGUAUGGCUCUUGGUCUUGGGACUUAUAAUGCUCUGCAAUUCAAGACUUGUGUUCCCUUUGUGGCUCCUUCAUAUCCUUCUAAUAUAUUUCCCAUGCAGAGUAGAAAUUUGUAUGGGAAACCAUUGGUGAUUCUAAUGAGGGCAAACACUUACAAGGAGAGUGCGAAAAUUAGAAACAGGAGAUUGCAAAAAAAGUUUAAUGGCUCACCUACAAAACCAAGGCUUUCGGUAUUCUGUUCAGAAAAGCAGUUGUAUGCUAUGCUGGUAGAUGACCAGAACAAGAAGUGUUUAUUUUAUGGAAGCACUUUGCAGAAAUCUAUUCGUGAGAAUUCAUGUACCACCAUUGAAGCUGCUGAACGUGUCGGUGAAGAGCUUGUAAAGGCUUGUAUCGAUCUCAGUGUUGACGAGAUAUCAUCUUAUGAUUGCAAUGGUCUUGCUCGUGGAGAAAGGAUGCAAGCCUUUGAGGUUGCAAUUUCUCAACAUGGAUUCUUGACACGAUAAAUCUGCAUCUAGUUCUAUUGACCCUGUCAAAAGUGAUAAGAAUUCAAUAAAUUUGCUGCAGUGUGGAAGCAAGGUUUCUUGGUAGGAUUUAUGUCAAUAUUGCAUAUUAUCAUAUCAGUAAAAUGUUGUAGUCAAUCAAUUAUGAGUUACGAAAAGAACUUUUGCUUGUCUAUGCAAAUCUCGUGUUUGUGGAGGAACUUUGGUUUCCUUUAGGAGAUUCUGUUACAUGCCAUGCAUGUCAUGUUUUCGACAUUCUAUAUAUAUAUUGCAAGUAUUGUUGCUAAAA